AUGACUUCCGAUAGCUCAGCUUAUUUCAAAGAAUGUACGAAUUGGACAGCACUAGAAAAAAUUAUUUUGUUGGAUGAUUUAAAUCGCGUUAACGCUAAGAAGUGUCUCAUUAGAUUUGAAAUACACUCAAUUGUAACUGAUGCUACAAUAACUGAUAUUAAACAAAAAUAUCAAAGCAAAGAAAAUAACGAAGAAUCAGGUGGCUCAAGUUACCAAGAUAAUAAUUCUGAUGGGAACUCGAAGUCACCGGAUGAACGAAUGUCAAAAAGGCAACGUCGAUCGGAAACAACAAAACAAGUUGAUAAUAACGAUCACAACAAUUUUGUUGAAGUAUGUCCAUCUGCCGAAAUUUGUAAGAAAUGUUGGUCGAGAAUAAAUUACUUCGAGUUGGGAGACGAUGAUUUGUCCGAUGACGAAUAUGAAAUAAGGUUGAUCGAAGCCAACCUUGUUAAUAUUAGCUCAAAUCGUUCCCUUACGGAUAAAGAUCUUUUGAAAAUAUUAAAAGAACAGGCAAAAUCUAAUCCAUUCCCAAAUGUCAACAUUACCGGGCUAAAAAAUUGGAUCAAACAAAAUUAUUUGCGUGAUAUCGAUAAUACAUUAUCAAACCUUCGAGCCACCACAGAAAUUAAAGAGUUUGACAAAAACCAAUUCGAUCUUAUAAAACGGAUCCUUGAAUAUAAACUCGCAUUUAAAGGCUGGGCAUGGAAAUCAACUUGA